AUCUUUCCUUGGUUCUGUGUUUUGGUUGUGGUUCUUGUUCCUGCUUUGGUUGGAUUUUUUUUGUGGUGAUAAUGGUGUAUUGGGUGAUGCAUUUCAGGAGAUUCUCUUCUUUCUUUAGCUGUGGCUCGGUCUUUCCCCUUGUUGAAUGUUGAUGAGUUGGCUGCUUUUUAGGAAACAGUGGGUUUUGGGUGAUUCAUUGGCAAAUGUUGCUUUUUCUUGAUUGCUUGCCCGAGCUCCUCAUUGGUGAUUCGUUUCAGAAGGGAAGGUCUUUAUGUGAUUUUUGGGUAACAUGGGGGUUCUUUUGUGGUUCAUUGUCAUGUGGGGAUCUUGUAUUUUAUUUAUUUAUUUAUUCUUUUUUUUUUUCCAUUGGUUGCUUUACUGUUUGCGUUUUAGCUUAGUUGGUCUGUUCGUCAUUUGUUUCAGAUCUGGAUAUCUGCUUUGACAAGAACUGAGUUGCCUUUUUCAAAAUUUUGUUACUCUUUUUUUCUUUGGCAUUUUUUGUGGGGCAGGUUAUGUUUCUCUUCAGGUGCCCUUGAGUCAACCGUGGAAGCUUGGAUGGUUCUUUGGUAUCUGGAUGAGAAUAAGCAGUUGAUUCUGGCCAUUCUUGACAAUCAGAACUCAGGGAAAGCUGAUGAAUGUGCUGAGAAUCAAGCUAAGCUUCAAAGAAAUCUGAUGUACCUUGCUGCGAUUGCAGAUAGUCAACCCCAAGUACCCACCAUUGCCCAGUUUCCUCCCAAUGCUGUGAUGCAGUCAGGUCCUCGGUACACGCAACACCAGCAAGCCCAGCAGAUGACACCCCAAUCUCUCAUGGCUGCUCGAUCUGCCAUGCUGUAUGCUCAGUCGCCUAUGUGUGCAUUGCAGCAACAGCAGCAAGCACCACUGCAUAGCCAACUUGGAAUGAGUACCGGAGGGAACGGUGGGUAUAACAUGCUUCAUGGUGAGACCAGCAUUGGGGGUAAUGGGACACUGGCUGCUGGAGUGUUUCCUGACUUUGGUCAUAGCAGUGGGUCUGCAAAGCUAGAAGUAGGGAAUGCACUGCCGACCGAAGGACGUGGUGGCAACUCAGGGGGACAAAGUGGGGAUGGCACUGAGCCUCUCUACCUGAAGGGCUCGGAAGAGGAGGGGAGCUAGCUCGUUUCUGUGGUGGGUGUAGUUGAGAGUUUUAACCGCAUAGGAAGGUGUUAGCAAAAUUUUCAUGUUGGUUGGAACAAUCAGAACGGUUCAACUUACCGGUGGAAUAUGUUCCUCAUCUUGGUAGUGGUGCAUGUUUAUGUUGAUAAGGACCAUGAACUUUGUCUCUCAAACUUUCUCUAGUGUGAGAUGCACUAAGCAUUAGAUUUGUAAAUUUGUAGGUGGGUGGGUGGGUGGGUGGUGGACUUAUUAGCUAUUGCUUUGGCUAUCAAACCUUGUGUUAAAGUAUGGUGCUGCGGUUAUCUCAUCAAUCGAUGUUGCUUUGAUUUGCUUUGGCU